UUCUAGAAAACAGUUGGGUACUUCUUUGUACCAGGCUCCAGAUGUUGUCAGUUUUUCAUCACUGAGUUCAGAGAGGCAGACAGAAACCUUGCGUAUGUGGGAAUGCUCAGAGUCUAUAGCCCUAACCUUGCUGUUCAGUACAAGUCAGACCCUGAUGACCACUUUCUACUCUGCUGCUGAUCAUGCCAAG